AAGAAGCGUGAUUAGUGACAACAUGACCAGUGAGGUGAUAGAAGAUGAGAAACAGUUCUACUCAAAGGCCAAGACCUACUGGAAAGAAAUCCCACCCACAGUGGACGGCAUGCUCGGGGGGUAUGGCCACAUCUCCAGCAUCGACAUCAACAGCUCCCGGAAGUUCCUGCAGAGGUUUUUGAGGGAAGGCCCAAACAAGACGGGAAAUUCCUAUGCCCUGGACUGUGGAGCUGGCAUUGGAAGGAUCACCAAGCGGCUGCUCUUGCCAUUGUUCAAAGUGGUGGAUAUGGUUGAUGUGACGGAGGAUUUUCUGGUUAAAGCAAAGACCUACCUAGGUGAAGAGGGCAAGCGGGUGAGGAACUACUUUUGUUGUGGUCUUCAAGACUUCAGUCCAGAGCCCAACUCUUACGACGUCAUCUGGAUCCAGUGGGUGAUAGGCCACCUGACCGAUCAGCACCUGGCUGAGUUCCUGCGGCGCUGCAAGCAGGGCCUUCGUCCCAAUGGCAUCGUCGUCAUCAAAGACAACAUGGCCCAAGAGGGUGUUAUCCUGGAUGAUGUGGACAGCAGCGUGUGCCGGGACCUCGAAGUGGUCCGCAGGAUCAUCCGCAGUGCAGGCCUCAAUCUCCUUGCCGAGGAGAGGCAGGAAAACCUCCCUGACGAAAUUUACCACGUCUACAGCUUUGCCCUCAGAUGAGCCCUGGCUAAUUUGCAGGAGAAACAGAGGGACCAGUGUGGGGGUGGGAAGGGAGCUGGCAAUUGUGAGCCCAAGGCUCCAUGUUGAUGGUUCAAGGGUGUUGAAAGGGCACUAAAUAUACUGUCUGCUACCUACUCA